CCGAGAUUGAUAGAGAAGUAAAUGAUCAUAUGGUUGAAGGAGAGAGUAAUCUCAGAAGUGACAUAAAUAUGGUGACAGAAGCCGUUGUUGAGAAGCAGCAUGCACAGGAGGGUGUGACACGUGAGUUGAUGCAGGGAAAAGAAGUUGUUGUUGAGAAGGAGAAUGCAGAGGAUGUUAUGAGAAGUGAGGUAAUAAAGGGCAAAGAAGCAAUGGUUGAGGUUGAAGUGGAGAAAGAUUUGAGCACUAAUACACCGAAGGGUAAGGAGAAAGUUGUUGAGACUCAAUGCAGAGUAGAUUUUUGUUGGAGAACGAUGACAACGUACUUGUUGAGGCGUGAAAGUGGUGGCAGACUUGAUGGAUGGUGGCAUGGCCACCAUUAGUGGAGGCGCCAAUCUUGGAGGCCUGGAAACGUACAGGGCACACCAUUUGCGCAGCAGGGGAAUCACAUAUGCGCAUCAAAGGCCCUUGUGAACUCUUCAUUAAGGGCAUUUUUGUCCAACUAGCUCUUUUUAGUCUUAUUUUUGUCCAAUAAAACAUAGUAGUCCUGUUUUUGCAAUUCUAACUUCUUUUAGUCCUAUUUAGGCAAAUCUCUCAAUAAAAUAAGGUUUAGUCACUCUUAUAAGUUGAAGUUUUAUUGUUUUUAUUCUAUCAUGAAGACUGC